AUGGUUGUCAAAGGCCUUUUGACAUUUAUUCGAUCAUUUUCAUCGCUGAUCUUUCUUCAAAAGUUGUGUCAAUGGGGCUGCUAUAUGAGAAAAACUCUUGAUAAACUUACAAUAAUAAUUAGCCAACCCUAAGAAUGAUCUUAACUCUGCCACUCCGUUUGGUUGAGGUCAAUCUUUGAUUGUUGACACCUUUUUGUGGUCCAUUUGUACUUUCGCACCUCCAAUCAUAUGAACUAGAAAUUCUACUUCCGUCAUCGCAAAGGUACAUUUAGAAGGGUUCAAAUAUAGUUGAUGACAUUUUAAUAUCUCUAAUAUCUGACGUAAGUAUACUAGGUGCUCUCUUAAAUUGCAACUAUAUACUAAGAUAUUAUCAAGGUAGACCACUAUAAACUUGUCUAUAAAUAGACGAAAGAUGUGGUUCAUUAAAGCACAAAAUAUUAUUAGAGCAUUAGUCAACCCAAAUGGCAUGAUUGUAAAUUCAUAUGAUCCAUAUCGUGUGACACAUGUCGUUUUCUGUUCAUCCCCCUCUUUGAUGAGGACUUGAUGAUAGCCACUUUUCAAGUCUAAUUUUGACAACAUUCUUGCUGCUCCUAACCUAUCGAACAAGUCUUCCGCAUUAGGAACUAGAUACUCAUUCUUUAUUGUAAUUUUGUUCAAAGAUCUAACAGAGUCUCAACAUUUCAUCUUUCUUUCAUUGAAAGAGGACAGGGGCCUCAAAUGGUGCGUGUGAGGGCCGUAUAUGUCCUACUUCUAAUAGCACCUCUAAUUGUUUCCUCAAUUCUUCUAAAUGGGCUGGCAGUAUCUUGUAUGAGGCUCUAGCCGAUUGACGUUCUCUUGGUAACAAUUCAAUCAUAUGUUCUAUAUCUCAUCUAGGUGAUAAUUUAGUAGGUAAUUUAUUUGACAUGAUGUCUUGAUAUUCGUUAAGUAAAGAUAAUACAUGUGGAUGUCCCACCUUCUGACCUUCUCCCUCAACUUCUUGUAGAGUAAUUAGGAAUGUGUUCACCUCAUGCUGCAAUUCAUUUUUUAGCUACAUAACUGAGAUAGUUUGUGCUCCCUCUUGAGUAGUCCCUUAUACAAAGUAGGAGUGUUUCCCUCUACAUAUUAAUAUCCCAUUGUAGUGGAGGAAUAUUCUUGCUUUUGCUUUGGUCACAAAAUUAGCCCCAACAAUGACAUCAAAAUCAUCCAUCUGUAGCACGAAGAAGUCCAAUUAGUCUUCCCAUGUGCCCAUCUGUGUCUUCACAUGUUGGGCUAGUCCCACCGAGGUUUAGGCUUUAGAGUUGAUAACCUUGAUCUUGUUGUUAGUACAAACCAAGCUUAGCUCAAGGCAGUGGACUUCUUUCUCUAAUAGAAACUUAUGAGUGGCCCCUGAAUCUACCAAUACAUUUGUUGGAGUAGAGUUGAUAAUUGCCUCUACAAAGAGUAGUUUCCUAGGAGCCUCCUAUAUGGCCUUCACUUGUACCACAUUCAAAAGCUGAAUGGUGUUUAGAUGUGGUACCUCUUCAAUUACUAGUGAUAGCUGGUCCUGUGCCAAGACGGGAUUGAGCUGAGCUCUCGUCAUGCAUCGAUUGGCUCAGUCGGGACAGUCUGCACUUCAGUGAGGGCGCCCACAUACGUUACACCCUGUCCACUUGAGUCCCUCAAUUUGUAAAGGGGUUGCCUUGACCCGCUCCUAUCUAGGCCAGUCCUCCUUGUCCCUAGUUGGCAUUGCGACCUCGACCCCCUUGAGAUGUGUCAUUGCCAUUUGACUAUUGGCAUCGAUUAUUUAUUGGUCUGUCCGCCACCAUCAUUGCUCCUCAGAUGUCGUGGACUCCUUGUCUACAAAUUUCAUUUUGGGCCAAUGUUUAGAGUACUUCCAUAAAAUAGUGAAGCUUGUCUUCCUCAUCCAUCCGAGGUACUUCCAAUACCAACAUGGAGAAUUUCUUCACAUAUCCUCAGAUAGACUCGAUGUGUUUAAGUUGCCUCAUCGCGGUCUGAGUAGCUUGGCCUGAGUUUGUCAGGCAAAACUGAUCUUGAAUUUCUUGUGUGAAUCCCUCCCAGUCAAUGACUAGUGGCCUUGAGAAGUCUUCUAUUCAAAGUCUCCACUAAGUCUUUGCGUACUUGGCAAAGAAUAGGCUUCCCACAAAUACUCUCUUCUUCGAAGGUAGUGUUGGAGUUGACGUACCUUUGGAGAUCUCAAAUGAAGUUCUCGAUUAACAAGGUAUCCCAUUCUCCUGAGUAGGUCUUUGGCUCUGGGGCCUUGACUCGAGUUGAGCUAGGCUUUGCUUCUAAGUUAAAGGACCUCUAGAACUUACUUGUCAAUUUCUCUAUCCUUUUGGAAAAUUCCUCCCAUAAUGCUGAUAUAUCUUCCUUUUGGGAUUCAUAAGUAGUGGCCAUAGCCCCUGUCUGAUCAUAGAUCGACCGUAUCUCCUUAUUGAGUUUUGUUGAGAGUGCUUCAAUUGCUAUUCGGUCCUACUCCUCCCUUAGGCUCAAUUGAGUUGCUUCUUCUUGCAGGCAACCUGAUUCAAUUUGCCAUUGUUCCAUCAGAGUCUCCAUAGCAUGAGCCAUGGUCUCUUGUUGCUCUACUAAUCGGGCAAUUUUUUGCCCCUAGGUACCACUCAUACCCAAUCUACCCUUCGUCUCUAUUAUCUAUGGCAAGUAAAAAAAUAAAGAAGAGGAUGUAGAGAAUCCUAACCUUGCUUCAUAAUCUAGCUCUGAUACCAUUGUAACAAGGAUGCCAGCCACUCUAUACGAGAUCCCUAGUGAGCUCCCGAGCUAACACACCAAGGGCUCAAGUUCUUCAAAAUGUGGAGGAUCUGGACUUCUCCCAAGAUCAUCUUACAUGGGGUUGGGGGUCCUUCUUUAAAGAAGGUCCCCUGGUGGGUCCUUGACGUGACUCAGUCGUUGUAUAUUAAAUCACGCAAAUAUAAAAUUUAUAAAACUAGAAAAUACGAAUUUUCGGAUAUUUAGAAGUAUUUCUAAAUAAAUAUAUCAAUUAUAAUUCAAUAAAAAUUCCAAAAAUAGUGGUAAUUUUCUAGGUCGAUCACAGGGAUGUAAUAUAAUAUCUGGUAAUUAUUCAGAAUUUUUCUAAAUGAAUACAAUUUUCUUACGAAUUUUAUACUAGGAAAUAAAAAGGAAAUAUAUUUAAAAUUCCGCCCGGCGAAAUUCGUAUUUAAAUAUAUUUAAAUAUAUUUAAAUAUAUUUAAAUAUAUUUAAAAUCCUUUUUUCUCACGAAAAAAGGAAAUAAGGGUGCAGAUGUCAGGAUGACGUCAGCGCCCGGCGAACGCGAAUCAGGCGGAAACAGAGUUCCGCCCGGCAAUUCUUAUGUAAGCGAUUACAGACGACUUAAUUAAUCAAAUUAAGAUCUGUAAAAGCCGGAAGAAUCGUAAUUGAACGAAGUAUAGUUUGGUAAAUUAAAAUCACACAAAGUAUCACUAAAUAAAGCGUAAAUUAAAUUGAAAGCAGGAAAACAGAGUUCCGGCGUCGCGACGGCGAUGCGUCGGCGAUGCACCGGAAUCCUGAGCAUUCGGGAGGAUCGUCGUGCAGUGUCCACGGCCUCGAAGGCUCUCCUUGGACAAAGACGACGUGGGCAAUCUCUAGAUCUUCUUGCGAAGUCUAGAGAUCAAUGAAGUGGGUCGUCGAGUCGUCUCCGGCGGCUGUCACCCGGCGGAGCGGAAAAACGGCGACUUUGCGGCUCUCCGGCGGCUGUCACCCGACGGAGAGGAGCUGGAUGGAGGUGGGGCGCGUGUUAGGGAGCUUCAUCCUCAGGUCCGCGCAGCAAGAGGAGGCUCUUCAUCGCAUCUGGUACGCUCUCAGGAGGUGGCGACUGGUCUCCCGGCGGAUCGUCCUCUUCCCGACGACGGCUUGUUCGUCGAUCAAUCGGAGAUGAUUUACUCGAUGGAUUGCGAUCCUUUUACUGCGAAUCGUUCAGAAAUUUUAGUAGCAAUGCUCCGCGAAUCGCGUUGACGAGAUUUUCACCGAUGAUUCAGCGAUUCCGGUUGCUUAAUCCUUCACCGGCGAUCUGCAGGAAAGUCGCGAUAAUCAGUUAAAAAUAUAUGAAUUUUGACUCUGGGAGGAUUCGAACCCGCGGCGGUCGCCCGCCCCUUACAAGGUGGAUUUAGUCCCACAUUGGUUGUGCGCGGAUUAUUCGGGCGAAUAUAUAGCAAAGUCCUCUCGCGUGUACGAUCACUCCUUGCCCCUCAGCCGGCUGACCACCGGUGACGUGGAAGGGGAGUGGCGCACACGUGCCCCUAUCGAUCCAAGCAUGCCGCUCGAGUCCCCUGCUCGCGGCUACUCCCCGACUGCGCUUCCGACCCGCUUGCGGGCCCGGCUGGCCGGCGGAUUCUCCCAUUUUGCAAUAUUUUUAUUUUUAUUUCUUGUUCUUCAUUUAUCUCAAAACUAAGACUGUAAAAAUCGUAUAAAAUCACAUAAUUACCCAAAAAUUCACGUUAAUCAACUGAAAACCACUUUUCAUGCUUUAACACAAAUAUAAGUCUAUUUAUCAUGAGUUAAGGCUAAAACUAUAUUAUUUACUAAUUAUUAACUCAUGAUAAUGAAGACUUAUCAGUCCUCCCUUUAAUUCUGAUGUGGGAUUAAGGUUUGGAUCCCACCCCUUUAAGGUAAUGGUCUUCCUUUGUUGGCUAGUGUUAAGCUUGUGAUGUCAUCCUCUAUUGUUGAGCCCUUAUAUUGGGUGCUGUGCUUUGUGUCAGUGCCAUGCCACACGUGGGUGCCAUGCCGUGUGUGGGGGCCAUGCCGUGCGUGGGUGCCAUUCCGUGUGCGGGUGCUGUGUAACAAGAAACCUUGAGAGUAUAAUGGAUUUGUGAUUAGUUGGAAUGAUAAAAUCUUGGUGCCACAUGCAAUUAUUUUAUUUUUGUACUUCAUUUUUACUAUCAAAUAAUUCUCCACUCUGAAUUACAUAUUUUGAUAUCCAUAUAGGAUACUCAAUUCUUCUAAUAUUCAAGGUCUAUAGUACUUAUUCACUCCAAAGAAAGGCAAGUCAUGAGAUUCAUGAAUGCAAAUACUUAAAAAUAUAAAGCUUGCACUUGGUCACUUGUUGGGAAAAUUGAUCCAAAGCUUCAUCUUCUCAAUCACCAUAGAUAAUAUAGUAUAAAUAUAAUUCACAAACCUAAUAACUUUUAAGUAUCACUAAAGUUCUAAUUAUCUUUCAUCUGUUUUAGUCGGACAGCAUAUAAGAUAUAAACAAGAGACUAUAGACAAAGUACAUUGACACCAAAAAUCCAAUAAUAGCAUCAAGCCCAUUAAAGAUGAAUAG